AUGACACAGGCCGUCAAACGGGCCUGCGAUGCUUGCCAUCGUCGCAAGGUCAAGUGCGACGGCGUCAAUCCGUGCCGCAACUGCCACACUGCCCAGCUAUCGUGUACCUACAAUGCCAUCCCCCAGAAGAAGGGCCCCAAGGGCUCUCGCGCAAAGGUCAUCAGCGAGUUGAGGGAGACCCAACGACAGACCAGCUUGUCGGCAAAGGUUCAGAACCGCAUGAAUGGAAUUCCCAACCCUCCAGCUCCCGUCAGCCUGUCACCGACCCCCGGCCUGCUCUCAGCCGAGCUGGUCAAAGAAUGUGUCGAAUUCUACUUUGCCAACCUGUACGAGAAGAUGCCCAUCCUCGACCGCCGUCAGAUCGACCAGCAAUUGCCCUUCAUGGAGCAGAACCGCGAUACCUACUGCCUACUCACCUCACUCUGUGCAUUCAUGAUGCUUCAGCCCGGAAUGUCGAUGCCCACCGGUGACCCCUACAACCUCGAUGUAAUGCCCGGUGCCACUAUUGUCGCCAGUCAGCUGCUUCUCGAAGAAACCCUGCAAGUUCGCAAGGGCUAUGAUUAUCUUGACAGCACCUCUUUCAACACCUUGGCGACCAAUUUCUUCGUCUACGGCUGCUACCACGGCCUGGAGCUGCAUGACAAGGCUUGGUACUACCUCCGCGAGGCUUCCACUGUGAUGCACAUGACUGGCAUGAACAAAGAGGAGACUUACCACGGCCCUCAAUGGGAUAACGCCGAGUCCUCUCGGAGAAGACGUCUUUACUGGCUGUUCUACAUUAUGGAGAGGGCCCACGCCAUCCAGCGCCAGCGACCUUUGACCUUGCAAGCCACUAUCAAUCCCCCCAACUCCGCCGACGACCCGAGCGACCCACUUAGUCAUCAGCUCAACAGCUUCAUCAUGCUGGUGAACCUGUUCCGACCCUUUGACGAUGCCUUCACUGCUGUGUGGAACAAGACCAGAAGCAACCUCUAUGUUUCUAACCUCCAGAAGCAACUGAACGAGGUACUCCCGACUUACCUUUGCCAGGAUGGACAGCUCUCCGACUUGCGCACCAACCAACAAUGGCUCAAGACGACUGUCUGGCAGUUGACCCAUGGCAGCAUGAACUCGCAGAACGAGGAGAAUAUGAACUUUUCAUACCCCGUUGAUAUGUCACGCGAGUUGCUCAUGAACCUUGCUUCCCAUUUCCCUGGUCAGGGAAUGGAGCUGAUGGGGUCCGGCUUGAUUGAGAAGCUUUUCGAAAUCACCUGCAACAUGACUGACUUCCUCGCGGUCCAACCCGCCGCUCGUGACCCCUUCACUGUUGGACCUCGGGAGCAACUCAACCAGACUCUCAACAUUGUCGCCGUCCUUCGCCACAGCGACUUCCGCUUCCUGCCGCUGCUUCUCAACAAGGUCGCCGACAUCAUGCCUCGUCUGACUAACCCCAUGCUGCAAAACGCGCCCGAGAACUCAAACUUGGGUAACAUUGACAUCUUUGAUGGCUUCGGCAAUGCGGGUAUGGCGCAGCCGCCCCCUCAGAUGCAGAUGCAGAUGGAUGCCGAGUACGACCGCAAGUUCUCCGUUGCCGACUACGAGAAAAAGUAUGGCAUGUCCGACAUGAACAGCAAUGUAAGCGACACGAAUACCAUUUCAGGCUCAUCCACCGGAGCCCCAUCUGUUCCCCCUGCGACCACCGCGGACAUGAACUCGCCUUUCGCAAGCUCGCCAGCGAUCAUGUCUCCACCGAUGGAGUACCCACACCACGGCAUGAACGAUUACGGAUGCACGCCGAUGCCCGAUAUGGUCAUGAGUCCGAUGGGCCAGAAUGGAUCGUCGAUCGGUGGUGGUUCGAACCAACAUCAACAGCAUCAACCUCAUCACAUGAUGCAGAACCAAGGCAUGAACCAGCAGCAGAUGCAACCCAACAUGAAUCAGCAUCACAAUCACAGCGUGCAACAAGGUCAGAACAUGGGCAAUAUCAGCCCACCAUCCUUCCAGGGACAACAGCAGAUCAAUGCGCCAUCAAUACCAACGUCCCAUCCCAUGGGGCCUGGCGGGAACAACCUGAUGAAUUCCAUAUCUCGCCAGCAACCGCAACGCGCCAAUAGUUAUGCCAUGCAACAACAACCCAUACCGCGGACAGUUGGUGACUUUCACGCACUCCAGCGAGCCAAUUCCGACAUGCCCGGUAUGACUGGUAUGACAGCUGAGAUGGAUUUUAACACUAUGCGUUGA